UGGUUGUAGGGUAGUGCCAAUCUUGUGGUUGAGAUCGCGCAUUUGCCUUCUAACCGCGUUAGCUAAUGUUUGGUCCUUGAAGGGAAGACUAACUCGCAAGACACGGCAAGAAAAAAAUUUAAGACAUUAACUAACAGGAAUUCAUCGAUUCAUACUUCAAGCCUGGGACAGAAAGACUUCAGGAAUCAGGGUCUAUCUCCUGUGCCUUUAUCUUAAGGCCUUGUGAUGCCUUGUGAAUAUUGAUUUACAUUUGCAUGACAGCCACCAGUAACAAGCAGCGAUCGGUUGCACAGAAGCAACAACAAGUCGCUUGACAACCAUCGUACUUCGAAAAAGAUCUAGAAAAUUCCUGCACAUCCCACGGCUAAUUUUUUACAAAUGCGGAAGCUAUCUGGUUAUUGAUGUUCAAUGUAAUCAAAAUUCAUCAAAUAUAUUUUCCACCUCUGUUUUUUUUUUCUAAAAUACUCUUUACUCUUCAGACAACAGGUUGUGUUGAAUCGCGUUUGCGUAUGUAAAUUAAAAAUUGUGGUCUUUGUGGUUGUCAAGAAUUUGGCUAUCCGUAAACUGCAUACAGUAAUACUCUUUGCAGUUACAUCUGUGGAUUGAAAAAUUUUAACUGCCAGAAAAUUCCUUAACAUUGCUUUGUUCCACUGCAGUCAGGAAUGUUCCAGGGGAUUGUCAGAAGGACAACGAUAUUAUGGGAUUCAAGAUGCUUGCCAAAAAAGGUGUUUGCUCAUCUGGUGGUUGCUUUCAUUGCUUGUUACUUAGCAUUUAUGAGUGACACGCUUUGGAUAUAGUCCCAUGACUGGAAUUAUUACGGCACGUUGAGGAUUAUUUCACGGAUUACUGGAACAAAAAACAAAUUCUCCUACAAAAGAAAUAAUUUAUGUGGAAUUCUUUUCAAACGCCUGGCACAGUAUCAAUACAGCAUAAAGGGAAUGUCUUGGCUUAACGCAAGCGAGGAACUAUGCCAAACUACACUCGAAUUUUCCGGAAUAAAGAAACGUUCUUAAACAUUUUCAAGACAGAAUCGUCGUCGCACAUUCAGUGUCAGUACUCAGGAACAUUUACCGGUGAGAUAUCAAACUAUCAAGCACUUUCACCUUUUUGCUUUAGUUGAUUUCAGAGGCGGGGGAUAAACAAUUGCGGCUUGCAAGCCGCGCAGGUUGAUGUAAACAAUCGUUCAUAGCUUUACGUGUUGUUUUAGUUGGCCUGGGAUUGAUCAAGAUUUCUGGAUGGAUGAACAGCAAACUGAGGAAGGAUUCACGGAGCAGGAGGACGAAACUUCUAAUUUAAGUGGAACAGAAAACAACGAAACAGCAGCUAACGAUGAAGAUGACACUUCUGUGGGAGAGAAUAUUGAAGAACCCCUGUUGAGAGGAGACGAAGAUGAAUUCAUAUCACACGGGGAGGACGAUGCCUGUGAAAAAACAGAAUUAAAUGCUUCUUCUACUGGUCAGGAGUCUGAAAAAUUGAACGAAGCUGAGAAUGAGGAAGAAGAGGGCGCAACAGAACUGUUAACGGAGGGAAUGUCCAGUAGUGCCGAUCACGAGACAACAAUAAGUCUGGGAGAUAAUACGACCAAGUUAGACGAUGAUGAUGUUGAUUUACUCAGAGACUCUGACUCAAACGACACGUUAACUGUGGACAAAGAAGGAGAAAACAGAGAUGACAGCCAAGAAGCAGGCGGAUUAUCCAUGGAAGAAAUGUCUAUCGACACUAACAAAGAGUUCGACGAGUUUGAUACUAAGCUCGCGCAGCCUGUAGAGAAGAAAUUGCCCUUUGUUUCUGAGACAGAUUCAAACGAAUUCCUCUCACAGAAUGAGAGAGAGUAUGAGACUGAUCAAAAUGAUGAGGGAAGACAAUACGAACAUGAAGAUGACACGGUGAUGGACGGCGACGAAUUGUCGCAAAAAUCUGAAACCUCGACAUUAAUAGACGACAACAAUGUUGACUUAACAGAUUCCUUGCUCUACACCGAAACAAACGAGGGAGACGAGGAUGAUGAACAAAUGGACCUGACCGGUACGCUAACCGAGGAAAUCGUACCUGAUAACACUGACGGAUAUUUACAAGCAUGCGAUAACGAAUUCGAUGGGAUCUCCGAAGUACAGAAUACUGAAAGGGAAAGUCUUCUUCCACACACUGAAAGAAGGGACGAUGACGAGGACACAGAGAAGGAGGACAAUCCGGACAGGAAUGAGGAAGGCCGGGAAAGUGGCUUUCUUGAGGAGCAGGAAACCUACAACGAUAAGGACAGAGUGUUACCACAAGACGAAGAUGACAGUGACAAACACAGAGAUCCAGAAGACACAUCGCAAAUAGAAAAUCCCUCUUUAUAUCCUCAUACAGACAGAGAAGUCAUAGAGCAAGAUGAUGAAUUACAAGGAGGUUCCUCAGGGGAACAGGUCGAAAGCAGAUCUCAACCGGAAGAUGAUUUCUCAGCAGGACUUGCCGACGGCGGUAUUUCAGGCGGUUUCUAUGGUGACGAUGACUUGUCCUCGAUAUUUUCCGAUGACGGUCGAGACAUAUCUAACAUCCUUCAAGAAAACAGUAUUCUAAAAGAGGCCAUGAUGCAGCUAAGAAAGGAUAACCCAGAAGGGUUUACUGACACCGUAAGCGAAACGUCAGACGAGGCUGACGAUUUCUACAUGUACCCGUAUGGUGGAGACAGCAAGAUGCAGACACGCAAAUGGAUGGCAGACAAAGAUUUAAGCGACGCAAGGUUAAACGAGAUUUUGCGAGAGAAGAGGGACUCCCAAGCGAAAAUGCGACAGCUAGAGAGGGAAAAGGCCAUGGUCGAGCGUAAAUACAGACAGGACAAAAUGGAAAGGGAUUUCCUAGAGGAAAGAUUCACAUUAAAAUCAUCUAAACUGGAAGAGGAGAUACGCAAUUUAAAACAGGAAAAUCAACGCCUUAAACGAGGAGGUCCACAAGGGAAAGGAACAAUACCUAGCGCUGGAAAUAAGCAUGUUGGCAUGACAAAAGAACUCCCUGGAAAAGCAUUGACUAGCGAGAACGGGGACAGUGGCUUUCCAGCACGAAAUGGCUUCGCAAUAGACAUUGCCAUUUUGGCAAAGGAAAACGAGAAAUUAAGCGAAAUAAUUGACCACCUGCAAGACACUCCCAGGAAUGAUCCAUUAGACGACUUUGUUGACAAUUUGGACAAAUACGUACCCAAGGAUGAAUACAUUAAGCUUGAAAAUGAAAAACUCAAACUGGAAACAGCAUUACGGGAAAGGGAAAGAAAUUUAAAGGAACAGGAGAGAGAGAUGGAAGAGACGAAGUUUGACCUGGAAGAAGAAAUAGAAAUUCUAAAGGAGAACCUGAAAAAGGCUGAAAAUAAAAACAAAGAGAAAACGAAACUCUUGAGCCAAAAUGACAUAAAAAUGAUAGAUAUCAAGACAAAAUUAACAGAAAAGGUGAGCAAGCUUGAAAGUAAACUAGAGCUAGAGGUUUCGAAGAAAGUAAAACUUGAAUCUGUCAUUGUCAAUUUGGUGAAAUGCAAUGGUGGCUUUGAAAAAGAAAUCCAAGAUAUGAACAAUCGAGUUCAAAAGCUUCAAGAACAAGAACGGGAGAUGGAGGCAAAGAAUCGUCGGGAACUGGCGGAGUUGCAGGAACGUUUGCGAAAGGAAACUGAAGAAAAGAGUAAGCUCGCACGAAAUGUCGAAGCACUUCUACAAGACCUAAUGCAGCUGAAAAACAAAAUGCUCGAAGACACAGAAAAGCACACCAAAGAACAAGAAGAGCUACGAGCCUCGUUUGAAACUGAGAAAAGAAAGAUGAUGGCCGCACAGGAGUACGAUAACCGCCGACUUAAGUCUGAAUUAGAUGACGAAAAGAAAAGGAACCAGCAGCUUAUAAGGAGAAUGGCGGAGAUUCCGGGGGAGACAAUCGUUUCAGUAAUGGAAAACACGACGGAAGCCGGUUUGUUUGAAAGCCCCGUAAAUGACAUCGAGGCUGCUCUUCUCGAGAGGACGCUUCAAGAAGAGGAAUACAAAGAACCAGAGAAGGAUAACAUGGGUAUGGACUUGAAUGACGAACAAACUAGAAGUGAAGGCCAGUUGUGGAAUGUCCCAAAAGCCACUGAAGACAACAGUGGUGACAUCAACAAACUACAGAGAAAACUUGCGGAGGUGACAAAAUACAAUGGCAUCAUGCAGCGCAGGAAUAAAGAAAUAGAAGAAGAGAACAUCAAUUUGAAGGAAAAGGUAGAGCGAAUAGGACGAGAUGUGAGCAAGAUGAGAGAACUGGAGGGCAAAAACGAAGAGCUGCAGGAAGAAAUUGCAAGAAAUGUAAAGAAACGAACCGAGAUGCAGAAUAAACAGGAAAAUAUGAUGGGAGAAAUCGAGGACAUCACCAAAAAGCUCAGCAAGGUGGAGGGAAACAAUAAUGACCUUAGUGACGAGGUGGACCGCCUGACAAAGAAGAUCAAAGCCAUGGAACAAGAAUUCACUGAGGAAAAAUCAAAACUUACAUCCUCGUUGGAACAAGAAAAGACAAACGCAAUCGAAGAAACUGAGAGACGAUUAGAAGAACAAAAAGCAAAGAGUAAAAAACUGGACAACGAAAUAGAUGAUCUGCAAUCUGAUAUUAAGACUCUCAAAGACGCAAAGCGGGCCGCAGAAGAGAAGUAUGUCAAUGACACGAGAGAACUCGUCGAGAGGCACAAUUCCGAGUUAGCAAGCGAACGAGAAAGGUAUCGCCAACUGCAAGAUGAAUUAAACAACAACGCUGGAGCUGUGCGACGAGUGACUGAAGAAUGGGAACAGAUGCUACGAAAUGCUGUUUCAAGAUACGAGGAAGAUCUGCAGAAAAAUGAAGACGAGCGAAGAAAAAUGGCGGACGAGUUUCAGCGUCAAAAGGAGGAUAUGAGGGCCAGAUUUGACAAAGAAAAGGCAAAGUUGGAAACGCGUGUUCAAGAGAUCGACAAAAUAGCACGAUCACCGUUCGAAAACGAAAUAAUGAAGGAAAACGCGGCAGUUAGUUACCAAGAUCAACAGAGUGACUUGCUAUUCGAAGACACACCUACACCCAGAACAAGUUUUAGCGAAGAGGGCCAUAAUAUUAGUAAUGAUAUCGCAGAGAAUCAAGAGAAGAUAAAUACUCUUGCAUCGCAAAAGCGCAAGGUUGAGCAGAAACUUGCUCAAAUGCAGAAAACGCACGAUAAAGAAAAGAAUGAUUUGUGUAACGAAUACAAAAAAGAAAAAGAAAAACUCGAAGAAACACUGACUGAAGAUUACAAACGAAGACUGGACGAAAGCAAGAAAUACUACGAGGGCCUUGUUGAAGACCUAAGAAGGAAACACGAAAAAGAGGAGGAAGAGUUGGCAGACAGAUUCAAGAGAGAAAAGCGAGAACUUGAAGACAAAAUGAAAGACGAUUUUUCGAGUAAUUUGUCUUCAAGGAGUGCAGGUCUCGAAAACAAGAUUCAAGAUCUUGUUUCCCAAAAGGUCCAGGAGCAGAAGGACAUAACAAAGAAAACCGAAGAGAAAUGUAACACAGUUCUUUUACAAAUGAAAAACAGGAUGAGAGAAGUGCAGAGCGAACGGAACGAGAUGAAAAGAAAGUUCGAGAAAGAAAAGAAGGCCUUAGAAGCGACAAUACAGGCUUUGACCAAAGAACUGGAGAAAGUAAAACAAGAGAAAAAAGAUCUCAAAAAGAAACAGAAGAAAGAUAAAGCAGAAAUGGAGGAAGCGUUUGAAAACGAGAAGAAAGAGAUGAAGCAGAUGUGGGAGAAGUGCAAACUCGACACAAUCAACCAAAUUGAAGAAGAAUGGACAGAAAAGAUGAAAAGCGAAAACGCAAAGUCUGAAAUUCUAAAAGAAGAACUACAAGAAAAUUUCGAAGCAAGGAUAAAGCAAAUGAAGCUCAAGUUCAAAGCGGAAAAAGCAGAUUUGGAGCGCCGAUUAGCCGAUGCUAUCUCCGAAUCUAAUGCUCUCGAAGUAGCCAAAAAGGAAGUAGAAGCCUCCUUAGAAGAAGAUUAUAGACGAAAACUGCAAAAGGAGAAGGAAAACAUCGAAAGCACACUACAGGGCCUGCGACAGGAGAUAGAAAGGCUGCAAGAGCACCGAAAACAACUUCAGAAUCAAAUGUCCAACAGAGAAAGUCGUGCAAACGCCAAUGCUCUACCAUCGUUGGAAACUAACUCAAAAGUGUUGGCAAAGUUGGACAAUGAAUACCAGGAGCAUAUGAAGAGAGAGAAAGACCAUCAUGAGAGCAGAAUGAAGGAAAUGGAAGAAGAAAUCAAUAGGCUUCACGAUGAUCUUUCCCAGAUGAAGGUGAAAGCUCGUCAAGAAAAAAGCCGAGUUAAGGCGGAAUUUGAAAAGGAAAGAGAGGAAAUCGAAGAGCAAUUCGACAAGGAGCGGAACGAAUGGCGAACGAGGAUGAACUUUAUAACUAUGAUGCAGCCAAGAGAGAUACAAAGAAGGUCAGCUCAUUUUGAUAGACGUUCGCGUGACCUGAGGGAAAGAGGCUAUCACCACAGUGAGAGAGUCACUCCUAGAAUGCAUAGCAGUGGGGAAAUAUCAGGCCCGCAACGUUUUGACGUGUUAUCAUCGACUGUGGAACUAUGUGUGUCGUGGAUCAUAGACAACUGCAUGCAAACGGCUGAUGAAAGCAUUUUAACAAGUAGAAUGGAAAAUUCAAGUUUCACUGUAGAAAACGUGGAGACUCAGCUAAACACGCAGGUCGAGGGCCAAGAAAAUCACUCGGAGGAAAAUUAUCGACAGGAAAUAGAGGACAUUGUGAGAGGAUUUAUCAUUGAGAAAGAUAUCUUGGCUCAGACGCACGAGGAGGAAAUAAAUCGCAUGAAAAGACGAUUUGAUUUGGAAAGAAAACAGCUACUAAAGCAACUCGAAAUGGACAAGGAGCAAAUGAUCGAAGCUUCAAGAAUAACCGACACUGUAGCGAACACCGAAGUUAGUUUUGCCGUCUCGGAUACAUUUGCUUCCGAUGCUGGUCGACUUCAUUCAUUUUCCGAGAGUUCUGCAGAUGUUCAGCGGUCGAGUAGCUUCCAACGAAGGUCGAAUGGCGAUCAUGAUAUCGAUGAAGUGGAUUCAAAUUUGAUACGCGAAAUUGCCGAGGUUUAUUUACGAAUAAACAACGGCACGCUGACCGGUCAAAUGCGCCCGGAAUUGGACCUGGAGGAUAAAUAUGAGAGAGAGAGGGAAGUGCUUGAAAGGUCAUUCCAGUUGGAGAAACGCGAGCUAAAACGCAAGCUUGAGGAAGAUUGCCAUCACAGGCUGGAACAAGAAAGAAUAAAAUACGAGGGGAACAUGGCCGAGAUGAAGACGACGAUUUCCGAGCUACAAUGGCAGAAGAGAGAAGCGGAAAACCGACUGAGACAUGAAAAGGAGAAGUGGGAGAUGAAUGUUGAAAGGGAUAAAAAUGACACAGAGAAAAGGCACUUGCAGUUACUCCACGACACAAGGCGAAAGUUAGAAGAAAAGCACAGCAACGAGCUUGAAAAACAAAGGGAACGAUACGAAGAGAACAUUUCAGACCUGCAGACGGAUAUUUCGAAGUUAACGCUGCAGUUGAAGGAGCUAAACGAGAAUUUAAAUCAAGAGAAAGAGAUAAUAAUGACAAAGUUUGAGAGAGAGAUUAAGGAGAUGGAGCAGGCGUUCUUAGAGCAGAGAAAUUCACUGAAAGCUAACUUCGAAGCAGAGUUCAUGAUGCGUAUUGAAAAUGAAACUUCGCUUCUUAAAACUGUCAACAUAAAGCUAAAGGAGGACUUGGAAAUCAUGGAAAAGGAAAAGAAAGACGUGGAGAGAAGAGGCAAAGAAGAAAGAAGAAAGCUUGAAGAACGAUUUGAAGAGGAGAUAUCGGAGAUGGAGCGGAGGCAGUCGGAAGAGAAACGCGCGUUGAAACUGAAGCUUGAAGAGAGAUAUCAGCUUGGACUUGCAAGAGAAAAGGGAGGGCUAGAGGAAACGAUUCAAGAGCUGAGCGAGGAAAUGACGCUUCUAAAACAAGAAAACUCACAGAUGGAAAUCACAUUUGCUGAGAGGAGGGAAGAACUUCUCAGGCAACUGGAUAUGGAGACAGAAGACAUGAGAAGAAAGAUUAUCGGUGAAAGAGAAGAGAUUCGAAUUCGAGUAGAAAACGAGUUAGCACAAAAGUUCAUGAUUGAAAAGACGACCAAAGACGAUGCCUUCCGACAUCACGAAAGAGACGCGCUGAUACUCAAGGGUAAAUGCGACGACCUUGAACUGAAGAUGUCGGUAUUGACACAAGAGCGAGAGAUGCUGAUUAGAGAGCGAGCCAAGCUAGAGGAGAAUUUAAGGAGCAAGGAGACGCGUUUGAAGGAGAUGAACGACGGCAGGAUUUCGUCAGGAGCAGGGCAAGAUCUGAGCGCUAAAUUGAAGGAAACAAUCCGUGAAAAAGAUAACGAACUUGCAACCGUCAAGUUUGAAAAUCAACAACAUGAGCUGAGUUUGUCGGCAAUGAGGCGCGAAAAAAGCGACUUGGAGGACGAGAUAGCGAGUUUGAAGCGACGGUUGUCCAACUCGACGGGACAGUUUGGCAUGAAAUUCGGAAGCAACGAUAGUGAAUUAGCAUCCAUGCAAGAAAAUGUGAGAAGAAAGGACGGCGAGGUGAGCACCCUGCAGCGGGAAAAGCACGAUCUUGAGAGUCGGCUGUCGUCAAUACAACGCAAAAAUGACGAGUUAGAGGAUGAACUGGCAACACUGAGACGAAAAAAACUAGAAGUCGAGGAUGAAAUAUCUGCCUUGAAACGAGACAAGUCUGAUUCCGAUAAUCAAGUAGCAUCGUUGAAAAGGGACAAAGCGGAACUUGAAGAACUUAUUGCCAAUUUAAAAAGAAAACAAAGUGAUUUAGAAGAUUCCAUGGCCGUUAUGAAAAGGGGAAAAGUUGAACUCGAACACGAGAUUGCCAUUCUCAAACGGCAUAACUCGACAAUGGAAAUUGAGGUUCACAGGCAGUUCAACGAUCAACACGAGAAAUCCCGCAAUGUCUAUAACGAACACGAAGACGUCUCGCACGACAACGUGACUUCACGCGUCACGCACGAGAACAUCGCUCCAAGCGCCACGAGAGAGGUUUAUUACCAAUCGCAGGACAGUUCUGUUUUCAAUGAAGGAGUACGUGGCUCUGAUCAUAAAAGAGAUGCCAAAGAAUGGCAAAGAAUGGUAUCGGACUUGACAAGACAAAGAAAUGACUUAGAGAGCGCUAUUAGAAGAUUAAGCGAAGAAAAAUCAGACCUAGAGAAAGAUUUAAGCGUACAGCUGGAAUACCGUCGAAAGGUACUGAGUCAAGAGAAAGAGGGCGUGUUACAAGACAAACAAAAUGACGAAGACAGGUGGGUUCUACAGAGAAAAAAAGAUGACCUAGAGAGGAGAAUAGCCUCUUUAAAGGAAGAGCAGGCUGACCUAGAGAGUGAGGUGUCCCAGUAUCACAGAGAAGUGACAAGCUUGGAAGCGAGACUAAGCGAGUUAAACGAUGAAAGCGCUAGUUUAGAACAGGAGAUCAAGGCCUUGAAGUACGAAAAACUAAGUGUUGUAAAAACGAUUGAAAAUGUCACGAAUGAAAAACGAGAGGUGGGUGGCAAUAGAAAACUGCAGUCAGGCAUUCCUCUACGAAAGGUUGAUAAACCCCAGUUUGACAACAGUAUGGCUAAGCAAAUUGCUGAUCUGCAACAAGAGAGGGACACACUAAACAAGCAACUCGUAGACCUUCAAACAGAAAACUCCACGAAGAAUGUUCACUUCUCUAAAGAGUAUACGCAGAAUGACGAGAAGGAAAUUUCGGAGCUGAAGACGAUUCGUAAAGAACUCGAGAGGGCCAUCACGAUUCUCAGAAGGAACAAAACAGAAGUGGAAGCCGAGAUCACGAUCGUACAAGAAACUGCAAGACAAGAAGAAAGCGAUCUCGACAAGCUACGAAAAGAGAGACUCGAUCUUGAGCUGCAGAUCACAGCAUUGCAAAGUCAAAAUACGAGACUGGAAGCUGAAGGGUCCGUGAUGAAAGACGAGCGACACAGAGACGAGAACGAAGUCGAUAGGCUUAGAAGAGAAAAGGCCGAUUUAGAAAAAGAUGUGUUUGGUUUGCAGAGCCAGCAGCGUAUACUACAGACGGAUACUUCCAUGGGUGACGAGGCUUGGAGAAAGAAAACCAGCGCUACUAUUGGCCUGGAGAAAAAUGUCCAGGACAUAAUAAAACAACUGGAAACCUUAACAAGUCAAAAAGAAGUUUUACAGUCCGAGACAAUGACAGUCCAAAUGCUAAAAGAUAGGGUUGAGACAGAAGUACAAGAGCUACGUCAAGAAAAGACCGAAAUCGAGAUCCAGCUGUCCAGGUUAAAGAUGGAAUAUCAAGAACAAAGUCAAGGUCAUAUACUAGACACAGCAGCUGGGGAAGUUGACUGGCGAUUUGAGACCAAUGAAACAUUACGUGUGCAGGAAGAACUGGAUGAGCUACAAAGGCAGAAACAAGAUCUACAGUCAGAGGUAUUGAGGAUUCAAACGCUAAAGAAUAACGAAGAAGAUGAACUACAAAAGCUUCGACAGAAGAAGUCAGAAAUGGAAAUCUACAUUUACGAUUUGCAAACUAAAAUAGGGCGUCUUGAAAUGAAUGGACAGCCUACUGAACAAGAACCACACGAACUGAGAAAUGCCACAGAUGGCACAUCUUUGACAGAUGAUCAUGGCAAGUCAGAAGUUUCCAGACUUUCCAGCGACUUAAACAGAAGAGGAGAGAUUGAAACUCUGCAAGAUUACCGCUCCUCACAGUCACUUCUUCAAACCUCCCAUUCUUUCUCCAGAAGCUAUAAUGUCACUUCUUACAACUCUGAAACAUCAAUCAGUAAUUCCCACGUCCACACUCAUUCCCCACAGCAGAGUGUUUCCUCCGAAACUCUCGCAACAAAUCCGCUGAGGAGCUCGUCGUUUUACGAUGACUGCCUUAAGGCGGACAAUAACCUGAUGUCCUUGAAAAGAGAGAGGGACGAAAUCGAGAGUCAAAUCUGCGACAUGAAGAACCAACUAACAAUCCUGCAGACGGAAGUGACGGGUCUGGAGAACAGGAAAACCAUUCUGGAAACAACGCAUCUGAACUAUGCUACAGACAAUUUGAGAGCAGGGUCGGUAAAUGGACAUGGGGUUAGCGUCGACACUGAUCUUGAUUACAAUAUCACUAGAGCCAUCACAGGGGAAAAGAAAGAAAUCUUAAUUCAAGAAUAUGAAGAUCAAAUCCGAGAAUUGAGGCAACAGAAGCUUGAAUUAGAACAGAAAGUGAGUCUUCUGGAGUGGCAGCUUGAAAACAUGAAGCAGAAGUUGGAGCUUCAAGAGAUAAGCCACCGACGAAAAAUAAGCACUUUGAAUGAGAAAAAUCAGUCAUACAAUGGAUACCACAGCACCAGACAGGAAGAAAUCCUCCAAGUGUUCUACCAGAGACUCUCCUAUUUUCUGAUGACAGGUGAACAUAGCAACAAGGAAAUCAUGGAAGAAAUCGAGAGGCAAAUUUCAGAUCUAAAACAGAAGGCAGAAUUUGAUUUCAAGAACACCAAAGAAUUUGUGACCUCUCCCACCGUAAAGUUGGAAAAGGAGAAGUAUUCUUCAGAAAGUGAAGCGAAGGUAGCUCGGGAGUAUGCAAGCCAGUUGAGAGUACAGAUGGAAACUGCAGACAACCAGCUCAAAACGUGCGAGAAGAUAAUCCACCGGCUGUACGGCGAAAACACCGACCUUACGAAAGAAAACCUAAGUCUGGAAGGGAAACUUAAGUCGGCGUCCCGUUCACAGGACAAGCUUCAACGUAGAAAGGUCCUUCUUCAGAAACUAGUAGAUAAACUGAGUGGUCACAUAGGAAAGGAUGUCCUGCAGCAGUCGUACUUGGUACUUGAGCUCGACAAAGACGUUUCUUUAUAAGUAUAUUAAUUAGUACUUUUAAUAGCAAAUGUAUUAUGCGCGAAAGGGCAAGCAUUGAGCAUACCCUCGCAUGUUGCUUUGCCAACAAUCCGUGAUCCUUUUGGGUCCUUUGGUUGCAACUAUGACCAAAAACGCGCCGUGCCUUCAAACUUUCGAGCAACUUUUAAUAAUAGAUUUUGAAAUUUUACAAAAGAUCUUCUUUCUUAUAAGAAAUUGCAAAGUGUAUGGCAUGAGUCACAUCUCCUAACAGCAAACUUGCAAAAAUUUAUCAUCGUAAUGGGAAUCUUGCAAACAAACUUUUCGGAGUUGUCUUUUUUAUAUGUCAGUUUUUCCUUCUUGAAAUGUUUUUGGGAAAAAUUAGGAAUAUAUGAGGUUUUUGUACUCUUAAGAAUAAGGUGGUGUUAGUUACAUUAAGUUUUUACAAGACUUAGUCAAUUUGUUGAAUCAGAGCUGAAAUUUGUUGCUACUUUGGCAUCCACAUCAAUAGUGAAUGUGGCGUUAGUAGUUCAAUCACCGUUAACAGGUUUACCUGUAUUCUGCACGUUCAAGGUUUUUUUUAUAAUAAAAGGACAAUUUCGUUUUACACAUUUUUUGUGCAGGGACACCAAGCACAGUCACUGAUACCGAAUCGAAACAAAAAUAAUAACGUGAAAGUUCGUAACAUAACUGUAAAAGUUUAAAAUUGGUAUUUUGAUAUUCAAUGAGAGUUAAUAUGAAAACAGGUUUUUCCUGUAGUAAACGGGGCUUCUUAAACAGGGUUAGUUUGUAAGUAAAGGUACACUGUAUGUAAUGUUUGCUUCAGAAAUAAAAUAUAUUAGUCUGAAGAGUUUUGUUUGCUAUUUACCACGAGUUAUUUCACCUGGAUUUCAAAUUGCCUACCCAAUGUGGCCUCUACAUCAGGUGAACUUCCGUCGCGGAGAUCGAUUGCUGCACGGUUUAUUCAAACUCUACCCCGACCAAACCACCCCUGGGCCUCCGAGGAUGGGUUUCAACACACCAUCAUGGGAGCACAGGGGAAAUGUCUUCCUGGUCAAGUUUCCAGCAUUUCAGUCGAGACCAGGGUCUGGGACGAGGACACGAUAUAAAAAGCUACAGUCUGGCAGAGGGAAUACUCCCAUGUACAUGUAUGUGGCGACUUUAUAUCUCGAAACGAAAUUUAGCACUCUGAAUAGGUUUCUACAUGUAACUAUAUAUUAGAAUUGGAUUGGCUCAUGAAAGUACUAUUUUCGU